AUCUUCUUUAUAUCUGUGCCGCUGUUCUGAAAACGACUGCACAGUGAAUAUUAGCUAGUCAACUGUUAGCUAGACAAUGCUAACAAACAAUUUUUACCGAAUAAGCUCGCUCAAAGACAAAACAUGCACGCUAAUGAAUGCACCUCUCUGUUCAAUCUAUUGCUGUCCUAUUCAUAAGUCACAUCAUGAAGCCAAUAUUUAGCUUAACAUUCUCAACUGCUUCACAAUCGUAAUCAAAUAGCUACGAAACACUUGUGACAACAAUGCGCCAUUUUAUAAUCCAAAAGGAAAACCCUCGAGCGCGCGACAUACACAAUCUCACAUUUUCUCGCGAGACGACAGUGACAAGGUUGGAAUUCAGCUGUUGUGUGCUUACGGCCCCACUUAAAGCAUCAAAGUUAGCGCAGCAUUAUAAAUUAACUCAAUUUAAGGAGACCUUCGUGUUUUGUACAGGGAUAUAAGUGAUUGCUAUGAAUUUUAACAUAGCACAAUGUGGUUAAGUGUUACUAUGGUUACCAAGAGCAUCCAAACACAACAGGACUCGAGCAGUGAAACAAUUUCAUUCACUAGUGUUAAGGACUUACGAGGUUCUAAAGUCACAGAAUUAGAUGACGCGCAUGUACACGUGCCUUACUAAGUAAAAGACUAGAAACAGUGAAAAUGUACAAAGUGGAUUUGCCUGUAGACCAGUCCAUAACAAAGGCUGUGGAGAGGCGAAGGUCUGCAGAGGAAGCACGCAAGGCUCGGAUCUUCAACACCCGCCUCCGUGUGAUGGGUCUUGACCUUGAUGCUUUGAAUCAACAAGUCCAGGAGAAAAAACAUCAGCAAAACAUGGAGAUACAACAAGACAAAGCUUUCGAUAAGCUGAGAAACUAUCAUGAUAACAUACUGCUGCAGCAAGACAUUGAUGAAAGAGAGAAGCGAGCAGCUUUGCACACUGACCUAACCCGGUAUUGGGCCACUCAUCAGCGCAUGGAGGACUCUCGUGAUGCUGAUCUCAGCUGUGGCCUGCAGGGGGCAGUCAGGGUCACCCUUCCAGAGGGUGAGCUGGGGCCUGCCAGUAUGCAAAUCUUUCAGGGAGAGGCAAAGGAGCAAAUCAGGAGUGAACAACUGAAAAAGACAGAAAGAGAUCUGCGAGAACAGAAACAGGACAAUGAGAGUAGGAACAUGAGAGACAAGCACAGAGAAAUGCUCCAGAGCAGAAAGCUGGUGCAUCAGGACCUAAGGGGGGUGCAGCAAGCUGCACUAGAAGAGGAGUGUAAGAAAGCCGCCCGCAUCGCGCUCAACAACUACAAUCGUGCUCUGGCUACUGAGCAGGCAGAGAAACUGAAGGAGCAGCAGAGGAGAGAGGAAAGGGAAAAUCUUGCAGAGAUGUGGCACACACUGACAUCCGACAUGAUGACAGAGUGUGCAGAGGCAGCAGAGAGAGCAUUGGGAAGAGGAAGGCUACCUCGGGUUCUGACAGACAGGUGGAAAGGGAUGAGCCCUGAGCAGCUGAGUGCUAUCCACAGGGAGCAAGAAGCACAGUGCUCUGAGAGACAGAGACAACGCGAUGCUGAAAAGAUUCAGGAUGCAGCCUGGAGCCUCCAACUCCUGAAGCUGUCCAGAGAAGCAGAGGAGAAGGAGAUGAGAGCCGAAGAGCUUAGGAGAGAGAAGAGGAUGCAGAUGGACCAGUACAACAUGCAGCUGGCCAGAGAGCAGCAGGCAUAUCAGGAGUACCUGAACAAGAAAUUAUACACCAACAAACCCACCAAGGAGUAUUUCUGUCAGUUCAAUACUAGCUCCCGCUAACCAGGACUGUUCUCUUGUGACAAUGUGCUAAUAAAACGUAUCGAUUGUUAUUCUCACACUCAAUGUGAAGUGAAUCCUGAUUAAUCAGUACUUGCUGCUUCAUCUUAAGUUCCACAUAUGCAUUGAUUUUAUUGGCUGAUACUGAUGACAAAAAAGGGAUCCUUUAUUGGUACACUUUGCUCCACGUACUUUAUUUUUCAGUCAUAUAUCCAGUUACAGUGGUAGAUUCAUAAUGCAGUUACAGUUAUAUUGGCCCAUAUGUGGUACAAGUCCACCCAACUCCUGUCGUUCACCCAAGAUACACAUCAGUCCCAUCGUACUACUAGAACACCCUGCACACAAAGAGGCACAUCUACACCUCAGCAUUGACACACACUACCUAUCUAUCCUUUCUCACCCCCCACCCCCCAGGCAAACUAUUUUUCUGAGUUCUGAAGAAGCUAAACAAACCAAGUCACUAUUUAAUAGGUUUCUAUCCUUUUUACUAUAAAAAGAGUUGCAGGACAACAGUGGAAAAGCAAAAGCCAGUGUCCCAAGCUUUACCCUCACACAUGAAAAGCAAAACAUGAAUCGCAGUCGAGUGAGUAUCUGUGUGCACACCCGUUCCUCAUUCAAAGCUAACAUUUGCCCUGAACACUGACAAACACAGAUGUUUAGCAGCAGAUAGUUGAGUUAAAAUAUUGUCACAUUUUGAGUCAUUCAUCAGUCCUGUAUGAAAAUAGAUUUUUUAAAAUGUUUUAUUUGUCCUGAGUAUGUCUGUAUAAUCAACAGCUGGGAGCCCAUGCACGCAUAUUUCAGUUCCACUAGCCUUUUUAGACAUCCCAUAUUCUUUACCUCAGGGUCUGUCAGGUGAUAUUUGGUCAGUGUCAAGCUUUUAUUUGAGUAGGGAGAUCUGAGGCAGUAGCAUUGCAUAUACAUGUAGACACUCCAUGUGACAUGCACAGUCUGGUUUGUUGUGUCCCUGUCACUCAUACCUGCAUCAGAAAACUCCACAGAUAU